AUGGCCACAUCUGGCAGGAUCAGUUUUACAGUGAGGAGCAUUUUGGAUUUACCAGAACAAGAUGCCAAUAGCAUAAAGCAAACUGCUCAUCACCACCACUCAGCGGAAAACUACACCAGCUCGCGGUACCGAGGGUGGAUAGAAACAGACAGAAAUCACUAUCCCUCUUCCGACGAGAGCGGCCCGGAGCUGAGCUUGCCCGACUCCACGCAAAGGGCGCUGCCCGCCCGCGGCCCGGAGGCCGAGAAGAAGAAGAAGCGGCGAGUGCUCUUCUCCAAGGCGCAGACGCUGGAGCUGGAGCGGCGGUUCCGGCAGCAGCGGUACCUGUCGGCGCCGGAGCGGGAGCAGCUGGCCCGUUUGCUCAGCCUCACGCCCACGCAGGUGAAGAUCUGGUUCCAGAACCACCGCUACAAGACGAAGCGGGCGCGCAGCGAGGCCCCCGGCAGCCCCCCGCGGCCGCCCGCGCUGCUGCGCCGCGCAGUGCUGCCGCUGCUGGCGCGGGGGGAGCCCGAGCGGUGCCGCCGCUGCCCCGGCAGCCCCCCACCGCCCGCCGCCCGCCCCAAGCUCGCCUGCGCCCUGGCGGGCUGCAGCGCCCAGGCGGCCCUCGCCGUCCAGGGCUACCAAACCUGCCCGCCGGGCUCCGCCGCCGCCCUCGGCGUUUUCCCCGCUUACCAGCACUUAGCGCAUCCCGCCGUCGUCUCCUGGAGCUGGUGA